AUGGAUAUCACCAGAUACAUGGUGGAUGCAGCUGGCAUUCAGGCGUUGUCUCGUCAUCAAAUUGCCACAUUUUUCGAUAGAAACAAGCCUAUCACGCAGGAGAGCUGCGAUGAGACUGCUGCUCUUAUUACCAGAGGUGGACCAGUUGUUCCCACGCCGGCACAAGGUAUGACGAGCUAUACAGUUAUUGCCGGUAUCAACCCUAAAGCUAUUCAAUUCUGCGCCCCUGAAGCCGCUCUUGAUAUGAAGGUCAUGGCACUAGCGAAAAGCAUGUAUAAAGAUUUCGCCCCUGGCUGUGAGAAACGCGACUCGUUGGGCCCUCUUAUCGUGUAUGAAAUGGAUGUUGUAGAAGGGGUCGCUUUCUCUAUAGCCCAACGCGAUAUUUGCGCGAUCAACAAAUACAGCCUUCUUGAGAGGACUGUGCAGGAUCUUGCAAAAUUUUUCGCGUUGAGCUGGACUAGUGGAAUCGAUAUGACGCUAUGGAUAGACACAGCCGUUACUUCUGUAGAGCUUUCCCAGAGGCUGGAGAAUCUUGCUGAUGCUCUUCCCGAGCGCUUUCGUGCUAAGCUGAUCGAAGUCCGCGAUCAACUACCACUGCUCUUCGCCCUAGACUAUCCGCAGGUACUAAACCAUGCUGACCUAUGGGAAAUGAAUAUCCAUGUCAACGCGAGUACAGGAGGUAUCGCCGGUAUAGUCGACUGGCAUGAUGCUACCGUUGGCCCUUUUGGAUUGUCAUUUUGGGGCCUUGAGACCCUGCUAGGAACCUUUGUGCAGAUGGCUGGCACUUUCAUGCCCGUCACCUCGAAUUACGGAGGGUAUUUUGGGAGACCCUCUAUGCUACCGCAGGCAUUGUCACGGAGUCUCAAAAGCGGGCAGUCAAGGUUGGAAGGAUCGUUGGCAUCUUCCAGGCGUACAGUCUCAGAAAAGGGGUACCCGUGGAGGCAGGAGACCUGA